AUGGAGUCAUGUCUAGAAGUCAGAGCAUUAAGGUUCAUCAUGUUGCGUUGGCUGAAGAACAAGGGUAGAAAAACACCAGCUGUCAUUUACAGCGGAGCAAACUCCGUCACAUCAUCUGAUUACAGAUAUGGUUUUCAUUCAUCGUUUAAGAAUUCGGCUUGUAUUACAAAUGAACGCCCUGAAGUUUUCUUCCAUCAAACAGCACCAAAUGAUAAACCAACACUACCACAUGCAUCAACUGAACAUAUAUAUGAAGAUAUUGAUGAUGGUAUCUCCCAAGCUGAGCCGUAUUCUAUAACUUCACUCGAUGACUUGAUUGAACGAAAAUAUUGCGAAAAUCCUUUAAGCAGCCUCCAUUUCAAGACGCCUGUACCAUCCUCUGAUAGUGGAUUGGACAGUCGACAGUCGUCAAGUGAAGAUGCUGAAUCUACUACAUCUUCAAGCUACCAACCAAUGGCAGGACCGCCAACAGAUAAUGUGUCCACAUCAUCAGCAUGUUACCAGCCGAUAACGACAUUAGCAUAUUCCACUCAGCAAACUGUUACCAGACAAAAGAAAAAGAAAUUAAUCAAGAUCAAGUCUAAAGCUUCUUCAAUAUUUAGAGUUAGAAAAUGUAAAAGGUGGAUAUCCAAUCAUUUCAACGCAACGAAACCAAGAUCAGAAUCCAGUGAUGAGGAUUAUCCACAAGUUCAUGUUAUCAGACCACGAUUUGAAUCUACAAGACAGUUUACUCGAAGACGUUUAGCCUUAAAGAAGAUUGAAGAUCAUUGGUUUGAUUCCGAUGAAGAUUCUAGUGUUUUAUCUGAAGAUUCAUUUUAUUCAAGGAUGGACAUUUCGGAUUUGUGUCAAGAUCCCAUUAUCCCGGCUCAAAGUGAAGCAUCAACACAGUGUGAUAUUGAAUCUGAUUCAGGAAUUUCAAGUCUACCAGUGUCAUCAUCGCCCAGUGAGAAUUCAAAUGACGAAUCUUGUAAAGAAGAUCCAAUAGUUAAUGAAGAAGAAAAAGAAGAACUCCCAUUAUUUAAACCACAAAUCGGUUUUGGUUUGAACCGAUGGUACCGACCCUGA